AAUUCUUGCUCAAAAAAUGCGCUUUUGACUUUUUUGUAUCAGUUCUUUUUGAACCACAAAACGUAGCGGUAGCUUUGCAGACGAUAUGCGGCACAGUGUAACGAGCGUGUGAAAAAACUAUUGAUUACAAGAGUUUUAAAUCAUUUGCAAGCAGUUGUGUGAAUUGGAAUUUGAGUAAAAAAUUAAAAAAAUGAUACAAAAAAUUUAAAAAUGAAUUAAAUAUUAAUAUGUGCCAUUAGUGUUUGAGUGCAAGCAAAUUACAUUUCAAUACAACUUUAUGUGGUUUCAAAAACACUAUACAGCAAUAUAUAGAAAAAAAAACAAGUGUUUACAAAUUAUAUAAAUCUAUAGUGUGUGCAUAAACGCUGCACAUUGUUGACCAAUGUUUGACAAGAAUAUGGAUACAACACUUUCAUCAUCGUUACACGUUGGUGAUAUAGAUUCCACAAGUUCCGGCGGCACAUCCUCAGACAAUUCGACAGUUAUGCAGGAUAAUAUGCAUUCACCAGUGCAAUAUGGUAGUCUUUAUAUACCAAAUUCAAAUUAUCGCGGCAAUAUCUCCUGCAAAACUGUGUUACACUUCGAUAAGUUCCCCGCCUAUGCGAGUGACAAAGACAUCGAACGAAGAUUCUGCGAUAUAAGUAUUGAUUAUGACAAGUCACCACCGCCCACCGCUGCGGGCUCACCGCUUUAUCCCGCGCUGAAUGGUAUUAUAUAUGAAAACGGUAUUGGUGAUCAUAAUGGUAAUACAAAAACAACACUCAACAGUGAAGCAAUCAACAGCAUUAAUCGCCCAGGUGCAGUGGGUUUGAAUGGCGGCAGUCAACUGAUUUCCGGUAUAACAACACAUGGUUUAACGGGUGGAUUUCAAUUGGAUCGCAAAUUUUUGCAAUUCACCACAGAUCAGAUACAAUGCAUGUGUGAAGCACUGCAGCAGAAGGGCGAUAUCGAGAAGUUAACCACCUUUCUGUGCAGCCUACCCGCCAGUGAACUUUUCAAGACGAACGAGAGCGUGUUGCGUGCCCGCGCACUUGUCGCCUAUCAUCGUGGACAAUUUCAUGAACUCUACAAUCUCUUGGAAACGCAUUGCUUCUCAGUGAAAUUUCAUGUGGACUUGCAGAAUCUAUGGUUUCAAGCGCAUUACAAGGAAGCAGAGAAAGUGCGCGGACGUCCAUUAGGCGCGGUCGAUAAAUAUCGUCUGCGCAAAAAGUAUCCAUUGCCGAAAACCAUUUGGGAUGGCGAGGAAACCGUUUACUGUUUCAAAGAGAAAAGCCGAAAUGCUUUAAAAGAUUGCUAUAUGACAAAUCGUUAUCCAACGCCGGAUGAGAAGAAAACGUUAUCGGAGAAAACCGGUCUAACACUGACACAAGUGUCUAAUUGGUUCAAAAAUCGAAGACAGCGUGAUCGAACACCGCAACAAAGACCUGAUAUCAUGUCUGUCCUGCCUGUUCAACAAUUGGAUGCGAAUGGUUUCCCUCGUAUGUUCAAUGCGCCCAGUUACUAUCCGGAAUCCAUAUUUAACACUCAAUAGCAUAAGAUCUUACAAUUUUAAGUAACUUCAUUGUUUUCAUAAGAAAACGCACAUUUGAAAAUUAUUAAUGGAAAGUAAACAUUGUAUAUAUAGUAGUAAAGUCCAUUGAAAAUGGCGAACUAGCAUAAAUUGUUUAUAGAUGUAAGUUAGUGUUAAAGAAAAUUAAAUAUGUAUGCUUGUUUGUGGAGAAUUUAAAAACGUGGCAAUACAUUUAAAAACAUAAAGGAGAGAAAGUAAAA